AGUCAUACUAAUAAAUAACUGGAUGUACAAAAUGUGACUUCUACGGCAGGUCAUUUAGUUGUUUAUCUUUAGUGAGAACAAAGGCGACUUGUCAAGAUGUUCCAUCCAUCUUUUGGCUUGAUUCUGGUUUUCUCUCAGUUAUACAAUACCUGUAUAUCAAGCGGACAGCCUCUACCACCUGAUCGCCAAGCGAGGGUUCAUGAAGCUCGCAUGGAACAGAGAAUUUUGUCGGAUAUUAGGUCAUUUGUAAUGCAGACCUGUUCCACUGACUACAAACCGGGCAUCCUUUCGUCAAAGAUCCAGAACCUGACUACACGUAUUGUGGCGAUAGAGAAACUACUUCUGUCACAACGGAGGAGGGAGUGUACUGCUUUGUUUGGAAGUCUUGAAUCGAACCCAGUUGUGGAUGUGUUUGAGGAUCAAUGUUAUUACUUUGGCCAGGAGAAUGUGACAUGGAUAGAGGCUCAGGAGAAGUGUCAGUCAGUCGGGGCGAACCUCGUGACGGUACCGACCUCGGAACUCAUUUAUUUUCUCAGUGUGUCCCCUCAUUUUCAUGGUGCUCCAUUUUGGAUAGGCCUCAGAUGGUCAGACAGAAACUGGAAAUGGGUUACUGACGGUGAAGUUGUGGAGGAGAAGGCCACACAAUGGGGAGUGGGUCAACCUAACGGACGGUCAUCUAAUCUAUGUGUUGUAGUCAGUACAAAAGUGAAGAAAUGGUAUGACCGCAUCUGUAAACGGACAUUUUAUUUUGUCUGCGAAUUGGGAUUAUCCUAAACCCGCACGCGCUGUAACAGGGACUGGUAAACAUGUCUGAGUAUACCUGAUCACCAGUUGUACAGGGACCGGAGAAUUUCCUACAGCCUAUGUUUGUUUGGUUGGACCUACCCAACUGUGUAUAGUACAUUGUCAGACAUUUUUGGGGUUUUAUCAAAAUUCGGUAAAAAUGACACUCUUUGACGUUCCUUUAAUUUCAUCUAGUCCCCCGAAAUGUCAGAUCAUGUCUUAGAAAUAGGACUAUCAGAAACGCUACAAAUACUCGUCCUACUCAUCUCGUUCUCACCUGAAAGGGGAAUAAGUCGAGGCGCGGUGUGAUUGUGUUUGUUUUGAGAGAUCAUUCAGGUGGUUUAGAUGCAAGUCCCGUGUUUUGUACACUAACAGUUUUAUAUAUUGUACUUUUAAUAAUUAAGAUUAUUGAACUGUAAAUAAAAUGUAAAUAGUA